ACUCUUCUUUUAAAAGAAAUGGAUGGUUCAGAUGUGUUCACAUUAUUUCCGAUCCCCACCAGAUUAUCAUUAUCAUCAGUUUGUGUGUGUGUGUGUGUGUGUGUGUGAUUGUUCAGUUACACGCGUUAUGUUAUGUUAUAGUAAGAACCUAGGAUUGAAACAUGGGGUUUUGAAAAUCUAUGUUGGGUUUUUUAAAACAAGUACAACCGUGUUUGUUCAUAGUGGGUGGGAGCGGAAUCAAUCAAUGAUGACUUUCAGGUGGUAGAAGGAGGAGGAGGCUGCGGCUGCGGCUGCUGCUGCUGCUGCUCUAGGGUUUUGAUCCAUCUGAGCUUGGUUGCUUGUUUUGCCACCACCCCACCACACCAUUUUCAUUUUCAUAAAGGGAGCAGUUUUUAAGUGGUUGUAAUCAAUGCAUGGUUUUAUUUGUAGGAGAUCUGAGUUCUAAUAUCUGCUGCAGCUAUGAAUGAUAUACGAGAAAAUCCGAGACGGUCCGCUGGACCUAACCAACUGUUGUUAUCCAUUGAUGACGAACUUUGGCUGAUGGCUGAACAGAGGACUCAAGAGAUACUUGGCACAGUUCAACCAAAUGUAGUUUCUGAGGUGAACAGAAGGCAGAUUAUUGAUUAUGUUCAGAGGCUGAUUGGAGGUUUCUAUGGAUCAGAGGUCUUCCCAUUUGGAUCAGUCCCCCUAAAAACCUAUCUUCCUGAUGGAGAUAUUGACUUGACAGUUCUCAGUCAUGACAAUGAAGAGGAGGAUAUGGCACAAUUGGUGUGCAAUGUACUUGAAAUGAACGAUGAGCCUGAAUACCCUGUAAAAGACAUACAACUUAUACGAGCACAGGUAAAGGUUGUGAAAUGCACAGUAAAAAAUAUAGCAGUUGACAUCUCUUUCAAUCAGAUGGCUGGGCUCUUUGCUCUACGCUUUCUGGAGCAGGUUAACGAAAUUCUUGGGAAAAACCAUCUUUUCAAACAUAGUAUUCUCUUAGUCAAAGCUUGGUGCUAUUAUGAGAGCCGAAUUCUCGGUGCACACCAUGGCUUGUUAUCUACAUAUGCAGUGGAAAUACUAGUCUUGUAUAUUAUCAACUGUUAUCAUGCCUCUGUGCGUGGUCCUCUAGAGGUUCUGUACAGAUUUUUAGACUACUACAGCAAAUUUGAUUGGAGCCAUAAUUAUGUCAGUAUAGAAGGUCCAAUAGCCUUAUCUUCUCUUCCAGAAAUUGUCGAGAUACCGGAUUCUGAUAGGGGUGAAUUGUUGCUCAACAAAGAGUUUCUGAAAACUUACAGGGAGAUGCAUGCGGCUUACUCAAAGGCAAACGAUGCUGCGAACCCUAUAUUCACCACCAAGCAUUUGAACAUUUUGGAUCCUUUAAAACACAACAACAACCUAGGACGCAGUGUCAACAAAGGCAAUUUGCACCGAAUAAAAUUUGCUCUUUCCUUCGGUGCUCGAAAGCUUAAGGACAUCUUUAGACUUCCAGGACAACGCAUGGGUGCAGCCCUUGAAAGGUUUUUCAUGAACACUUUGAAUAGAAAUGGGAAAGGACAACGGCCAGAUAUUGAUUUUCCUGUUCCUGCAUUUGGCACUGAAAGAUUUGUAGAGCCUGUCCUUUAUGGAGACUCUGACAGUUUUUAUGGUGGCAUACGAUAUGUUCAGUCGGGCCGUAAUUAUGGCGCGCCACCCCCUCCACUUCCUGGUUCUCAAACUUCGCCUUCUCAGGCUGAUACCCUUACACUGCAGGCACAUCAAAACUGGUCUAUGUUGUAUCAAAGAGGUACUAAUGUCUAUGCCCCUAAGAAGGCUCACUAUCCUCCAAAUUCAAAUGCUUCUCAUGCCCCCUACAGCCUUGAAGAAGCAGGAAAGUCACGAGGAACGGGGCCAUACAUACCUGACAUGACUAAUAAUUACUAUUGGGAAAUGCGUGCAAGACUGAUGAGGCCAAGCAGAUUCGCUCCUGAUUAUGUUCCUGCUAAUGCUCCGGAUAGUGUUCCAGAUAAUGUUCCUGAUAAUCCUCCUGAUAAUGUUGGACCUCCUAAAUCACCUGAGGGAAAGCAACUAGUGGAGGCUCAUGCUGGUGCGGACCUGAAUGUAAAUUCAAGGUCAUUUGAGCUCGUGAAGGAAGAUUUCCCUGAUCUUACAAGCGGCAUUACCGGCUCAGCAGCAGCCAACGAGUCUGCUAAGUUAAUUCGGAACACUGGCUCAUCAGCGGCCGACAACAACAUUCAAAAUACCGGCUCAGCAGCAGCCGACGAGUCUGCUCAGUUAAUUCGGAACACUGGCUCAUCAGCAGCCGACGGCAUUCAGAAUAUCGGCUCAGCAGCAGCCGACGAGUCUGCUCAGUUAAUUCAGAACACCGGCUCAUCAGCAGCCGACGAGUCUGCUCAGUUAACCAAGCAGGACAAGAUUUCCAAGAGUUUCUCAUCCCCUGCACUGAAUAUUGAGUUUGGAACUUUCAGGAUGUCACAAUCACUUGCAGCACUAAGUUUGGCAACAAAAAGCGAGAAAGGAGAAUCCGGUUUUUCAUCAUCUCCAGGCCCUGUCUUAGUUAUUGAAGGACCAGCAAUGAAAGGGAAAGAGAAAUUCCCUGGGAGCAGUGAGAAGAUGGGUUGACAGUAUCUGACUUAUAGACAUUUUGUAGGAUAAGUUAUUCAGGAUAACAUAGUUCUAAUGUGGGUGUUUUGUUGUCACAACAGGUGGACACCCAACAUGAAGAUAGUCAACUUCUCCUGCUCUUUGUUGUUUGUCUAUGUAGGUGUAAAUUUGGAAAAAAAAAACUAGAAUUGGUGGCGGCUAGUGAUAGUUAUAGACUAUAUAGAAACAGAUCAUUUUGGCAGGGAUCUUGGGCAAUUUUACCCCUUGCUCUUCUCUUCUGUGGGAAGAGUUUUUGCCAUUUCCCUGGGAACAGUUACAUUUCCUUUAGAAAAGUUCUGAUGAUAACUGUACAUUAUUUCUUGUUUUACAGAAAAAGAAAAAAAAAUGUUGGACUAUGCAUGCUUGUCACCUU